AUGGAUCGCUGGUUGAAAUCUGGAACUACUAAACUGAAAGAAAGUAAUGAUUGUAAUAGCUAUCAACGAACAGGAAAUAAUGAAAUUAACGACGAAUCAAUUUCAAUUCUGAAAGAACCUGUUAAGAAAAAAGCAAGGAAAACACGCAAGUACAACAAAGAAUAUCUUAAAUUUGGAUUCUCAUGGACUGGAGAUGAAAAUGAGCCUAUUCCACUUUGUGUCAUUUGUUUUGAAAAUCUAACAAAUGAAAGCAUGAAACCAUCCAACUUAAAGCACCAUUUUGAGACAAACCAUAAUCAGUACAAAGAUAAACCCAUAGAUUUUUUUGAAAAUAAACUUAAGGGUUUAAAUCAGUCUCAAAAAGUAAUGCAGGGUUUGACGGGAGGUGACAAUCAAAAAAUACUAGAAGCUUCGUAUCGUGUGUCUCUUUUAAUUGCCAAAUGUAGUGCAGCGGAAACCAUUGGUGAAAUUUUAAUCAAGCCUGCAGCCAAGAUAAUGGCAGAAGUAAUGAUAGGAGAUAGAGCGAAACAAACUUUUGACUGCGUUCCUCUCUCAAAUAAUACAGUCGAUGAGUCCACCAACAUUGCGAAAUUUGCAAAUCUUAUGGCGUUUGUUAGAUACGAAAAAAAUCAAGAAAUUCAUGAUGACUUUUUAUUUUGCCAGCCUUUAUUAGGUCACACAACAGGAGAAGAUAUCUUUAAUGUUAUGAAUACAUUUAUGCAAGAGAACAAAAUUGAUUGGAAUAGAUGUGUUGGAAUAAGCACAGAUGGAGCAAAAAGUAUGGUUGGAAUUAAUAAAGGACUCGUUGCAAGAAUUCAAAAUGUUGCUCCAAAUGUCAUAUCCACACAUUGUUGCAUACACAGAGAGGCUUUGGCAACAUGUAAGAUGCCCGCUGAUCUACAGAAAGUUCUGGAUGAAAGAGUGAAAAUCAUUAACUACAUUAAAAGCCGCCCUUUGAAUGCACGACUUUUUUCGCAAAUAUGUGAAGAAAUGGGAAGUAGUCAUACCCAGCUGCUUUUUCAUACCGAUGUUCGUUGGCUAUCUCGGGGAAAAAUUCUAAACCGAUUGUUCGAACUUAGACAUGAACUUCAAUGCUUUCUUAAUAAUAGAUUUGAGUUGAGAAAUUGUUUACAUGACUGGAAAUGGCUUUGUAAACUAGCAUACUUAGCAGAUAUAUUCUCUGCUUUAAAUUGCCUCAACUUAUCGUUACAAGGCAAAGAAAUUUCAUUGUUUCACGUUCAAGAUAAAGUGAACGCUACCAUCGCAAAACUAAAUUUAUGGCAAAAGAGAGUUGGUAAUGGAGAAGUAGACUCGUUUCCCUCUCUUCAUGAGUUUAUAACAAGUUUGGCUACUAAAAUUGAGGCUGAUACUUUGAAAUGCAUAAUACAGCAGUUGGAGAGUUUGCAAGUUGGCUUGAAAAACUAUUUUCCUGAUUUAAACGAAAAUAUUGAAUGGAUAAGAUAUCCAUUCAACAUCAACACAACAUCCAUGCCAGAAGGUUUGUCGCAUGCGGAAGAAGAGCAAUUGUUGGAGUUAGCUUCGGACGGAUUCUUGAGAAAUAAACAUAAGGAGUGUACUUUAACAUCAUUCUGGUUACAAAUGCAACAUGUGUAUCCGGUUUUAACAGAAAAAGUCCUGAAAUACAUCUUGCCUUUUCCAACUUCAUAUUUAUGCGAAGUUGCUUUUUCUGCAUUUGUAGACAUUAAGUCGAAAAAAAGGAACAGACUAUUGGAUGUGGAACCGCAUCUCAGAUUAAAAUUAACAACCAGGGAACCAAAUUAUGAUGAUCUGUCAUCUCAACAUAAACAAUUUCAUCCUUCUCAUUGA